UCCUUUUUCCUUUUGGUCGCAUUCCAGCUUCUGGACUCCGUGGGGCGCGUUCUCCUCAAGCUCUCAAAACCCUCUCUCUCUUCUAAAACCCUAAAUUAAUUUUUUUCUUCGAAUGGCAGAAUCGUCUCGCUUGGGUCAGUCCAUUGACUCCUUCGUCGACGCGUCUUGUUCCCUUACACAGCAGGCUGCUAGCUUGGACACAAUCACUUCUCUUGUGAAGAAUGAUGUAUUAUCUGUGGAAGGACUGGUCAGAGAGAUGGAGAUGUAUUUGACCACAACUGAUAACAUCAUUCGUGCUAGAGGUAUCCUUCUUCUUGGAGAAGUACUCGCACGUCUUGUGUCAAAGCCAUUAGAGAAUGCUACUAUACAUAGCUUGAUAGGUUUCUUCACCGACAGAUUGGCAGAUUGGAAAUGUUUACGUGGUGCACUAGUUGGUUGCUUGGCACUGAUGAGGAGGAAACGUGAUGCUGGGAUGGUCACUGACACCGAUGCAAAAGCCGUUGCCCACUCUUUUUUACAGAACCUACAAGUGCAGUCUUUAGGACAGCAUGAUAGGAAGCUUUGCUUUGAACUUCUGGAGUGCCUGUUAGAAUGCUAUCCUGAUUCAGUUGCUCCACUGGGUGAUGAGCUUGUUUAUGGAAUCUGUGAAGCUGUUGAUUCAGAAAAGGAUCCUCAAUGCUUAAUGCUGACAUUUCGUAUCAUUGAAGUACUGGCACGACUAUUUCCAGAUCAAUCUGGUCCACUUGCUAGUUUUGCUGGGGAUCUCUUUGAAAUUCUGGGCUGUUAUUUUCCUAUUCACUUUACACAUCCAAAAGCAGAGGAUCUUGGUAUCAAAAGAGAUGACCUAUCAGAGGCACUAACGUUAGCAUUCUCCUCCACACCCUUUUUUGAGCCAUUUGCCAUUCCAUUGCUUCUUGAAAAACUUUCUUCUUCUCUACCAUUUGCAAAGGUUGAUUCUCUAAAGUAUCUCAGCGGUUGUACAUUGAAGUAUGGAGCAGAGAGAAUGUUAAAACAUGCUGGAGCUAUCUGGUUGGCAAUUAAAGAUGCAAUAUAUAACUCAAUACAAGAGCCGGCUUUAUCCUUUACUUCAGAAUCACUAGUUGGUCUUGGCUUUCAGGAGAAUGAAAUUGCUAAAGAAGCUUUAACACUUCUCCAGCGGGUUAUUGUGCAAAAUGAUAGUUUGUAUUUAAGUUUGAUCGUUAAAGAUGAAGACAUAAAUAUGAUUUUGAAUACCAUCACCAUUUACGAGAGUUAUAAUGAUAUUUACUUGCAAGGCAAGCUGAAAUUACAUGUAGUUGGUCGUUUCCUCUCUAUUUCUGCAAGGAGUUCCAUUGCUUCCUGCAAUAGAGUGUUUGAAAGUUACUUCCCACGAUUGAUGGAAAUUCUAGGGCUUCCCGUAAAAAACUUGUCCGGGGAUCACUCACCAAUUGUCAGUUCUUUAAUCUCCAAAAGACUUAAUUUUGGAGCUCUUUAUCUCUGCAUUGAGCUUCUUGCAUCAUACAGAGAUUUGACUGCAGGCUUCAAGGAAAUUGCUUCCAAAUCCAUUUCUGCAAGUGAGACAUGCUACAGCAUGCUUCAGAGCUAUUCGAAUUUAUUAACUAAGGCCUUUUGUUCUACCUUGGCGACUAGUCCUCAAGAUGCAGAUAUUUAUUUUGCAGCAAAGGGUUUGCAGAUUCUGGCUACUUUCCCAGGAUAUGUUUCUCCAAUGCUGACAUCUGAGUUUGAGAGUAUUUUGAUCACAUUCAUGUCAAUUAUCACUCUACAUUUCAAGAAGACAUUAUUAUGGAAGUUGUCAUUGAAGGCGUUGGUGAAUAUUGGCUCAUUUAUUGAUGAAUAUCAUGAGUCUGAGAAGGUUUCAAGCUACAUGGGUGUUGUAGUUGAAAAGAUUGUUUCCUUGGUGUCUCUUGAUGAUUUUACCAUGCCUUUUCCACUCAAACUGGAAGCAAUAUCUGGCAUUGGCACAAGUGGACUGAGUUAUAUGCUGAAAAUCGUCCAAGGGUUGGAAGAAGCUAUAUACACCAAUUUAUCUGAGUUUUAUGCACAUGAAAAUAUGAAGUCACCUGACAUCACCGUCCGGCUCUUGGAAUGCUACUCUAAUAAGGUGCUUCCAUGGAUCCAUGAAAAUGGAAGUUUUGACGAAGUGUUGUUGCGCUUUCCUGUUAAUGUAUGGAGCCAAAUUGAAAGUCAUGUUGAUUUUAGUAUUCAAGUCCAAGAAAUGGAGCUUCUUGAUGCAACAAUGACUGCAAUGAGGCAUGCUGUUGCAUUUUGUUCAGUGGAAAGCCAAAACAAAAUAAUCCAGAAAGCCUACAGCGUUCUUUCAUCAAGCACUUUUUUUCCACUGAAGGAAUUCACGUCCCUAACCAUUCAAUUUCAACUGGGUGGGCUACAGCUUGCUCAGAAGAUAGACAAUUUGUCCUAUAGAGAUGAAUGGAUUCUUUCAUUAUUUGCAUCUGUAGUUAUAGCAGCUCGUCCUCAAACUCCCAUUCCAAAUCUUAAAGAAAUAUUGCAAUUAUUUAUGACUACAAUUCUCAAGGGUUCUGUUCCAGCAGCUCAGGCAUUGGGUUCCAUAGUUAACAAAUUGGGUAAAGAGUCCAAUGAGUUAAAGAUUUCAAGUGACUGUGCCUUGGAAGAAGCUCUAGAAACCAUUUUUCGAACUAAGUUAUGGAAUUCUCAUGAUAAUGGUGCUGUAAUGAAAUGUAGUGGAAUAAAUAAUGGAAGUGAAAUGAGCUUUGCUGAUUCAUGCCUUGGUGUGGUGAACAAUAAUUUGCCCCAGAUACAUGCCAUUACUGGACUAUCAUGGAUUGGAAAAGGCUUGCUUCUGAGAGGUCAUGAAAAGGUUAAAGAUGUAACUAUGAUUUUUCUGGAGUUUUUACUGGAAAAUAACAAAUCAGAUGCUUUUCCAUUAAAGCAGAAUUCACUAGAGAGCAGUUGUGAGCUGGAUUUGCAUCCUUCCGUGAUAAAAAGUGCGGCAGAUGCAUUUCGUAUUCUAAUGAGUGAUUCUGAAGUUUGUUUGAACCGAAAAUUCCAUGCAGUGAUACGACCACUCUAUAAGCAACGUUUUUUCUCUACCAUGAUGCCCAUUUUGCAGCCUUUGAUAAUGAAAAAUGAUUCAUCACUUUCCAGAUCUAUGCUGUGUCGGGCUUUUGCACAUAUCAUAUCUGAUACUCCACUAACUCCUAUUCUGAGUGAAGCCAAGAAGCUUAUACCUAUCAUUCUGGAUUGCUUGUCCAUGCUGAACAAGGAUAUUCAGGAUAAAGAUAUAUUGUACAGUCUCCUGCUAGUCUUAUCUGGGAUAUUGACAGAUAAAAAGGGGCAAGAAGCUGUCAUUGAGAAUGCUCAUCAUGUUGUUAAUAACCUUACCAAGCUUAUUGUCUAUCCUCAUAUGAUGCUUGUUCGGGAGACAGCUAUACAGUGUCUGGUUGCCAUGUCCGAGCUGCCUCAUGCAAGGAUCUACCCCAUGAGAAUACAGGUGCUUCGGGCUAUAUCAAAUGCUCUUAACGAUCCCAAGAGGGCUGUUCGUCAGGAAGCUGUCAGAUGCCGGCAGGCAUGGGCAUCAAUCGCAUCGAGAAGUCUUCAUUUCUGAAGGCAGCCAGAGGUUUUCUGAAGCUGUUUUGGACAGUCUUGGGACGUGUAUUUUGUUAUUUGUCGUGUUUAGUCAGCAUUCCAAAAUUUUAGGCCUAGUUCUCAACAUUAGUCCUGUAUAUAUCCAAGGGGGACAAGAAUUUUUGUAGUAAUUAAGAAAAUUUACGGGAAGUAAUUUGAUUUUCCCUGGAAAA